AACGAAAAGCGGAUUGCGCGCGCAAUACACAAUGACGUAACGCGGCCGACUUACCUCGAAUAUGCUGAUAGACGUAAAGCGACUACUCGAUCGCUCUUGUGCUAAUUUUCUUUUGCAACAUUAUGUUCCGUGUUCGGGGUGUGUGUGCGCUCAUAGUGUAGGAUGCAUGAAUUAGAAAGAUCAGCCAAUGACGGCCGCUCUUUUUUCCCAUUGGCUAUAUUUCCAUAAUCCUUAGCUACCCCACAUCCCGCAGCUCUCCAAUCCACAAUCGUCAUUCCAUCUAUCUCUACCGACUGUGUAAGCUCUUGAGGCCACCACCUAUUCCUUCAAAUCUCCAAACCCAUACCGCGUUACUACCAGUAUCUAAAAUGGCAGAGCCCCAACCUUCUGGUGUUCAGGAAGGCGCUGCCGACCCUCACGCACCCACCGGUACGGCUGAAGACCGCAAAGCCGCCGCUGCCCUCUCUACUCUCGAUGCGCCACAAGAAGGUGACAACGGCUCGAAGAAAGAAGUUGACGGAAAAGCACUAGACAAAGCGAUGAAAGGAUUGAAUGUCAAGGACAAGAAAGAAGGCGAGAAGAAGAAUGUCAAGAUUGAGGCCGCGGAUGUUACUCUGCUGGUCAACGAACUCGAAGUUACGAAGCCAAAGGCGACAGAGCUGUUGCGCGCGCACGAUGGCAAUGCGGUGAAGGCUAUGAGCGCAUUUGUCAUGGCGGCGCCUUGAGCAAAGAUAUUUGAGUAUACAUCUGGAUGUGAGACAGGAGCUGGAGGGGCGCACACUUUGUUGCUACGCUACUCAAGUGGAUGAUGAGCAUGGAGCACCAACAUACGGAAUAGAUCACAAUACGAAGAGAAUUCACUACAGUGGUGU